AUGUCUUUAAAUACUCGUAAAAAACGAAAAAGAGAAUUACGAGAAGAAUAUAUUGAACAAGAUGGAUUAAUAUUUCAAUUACCUGAUGAAACACUUCUUUCUAUAUUUAAAUAUUUAACAAUAGAUGAAUUGAUUGUUGCUGCUAGUGUUUGCAAAUGGUUUCGUUGUAUUGCUUAUGACGACGAAUUCUGGACAACUAUUGAUUUAACAUCAAAACCAUAUUCAAAUCGACAACUACUUAAAUUAUUACAUCGUUUUCCUCGUAAUUGUACGGAAGUAUUAAAAAUCUCUGGUGGAUCAAUUCAUAAUAAUUCUGGUAAACUACCUUUAUUUACUGAACAAUUAAGUACUUUAAUACAAACAUCAUAUCCAAAUCUUCGUUAUUUACAUAUAUCACAGUAUGAUUUUCAUCCUAAUCAAAGAACUAUAAAAAAUAUCACUUGCUUACCAUCGAAUCUUCAAGGUCUUUAUUUAACAAAAUGUGAAAUGUUAGCACCGGAUAUAUCAGGACCAUCAGCUUUUUUUCAAGUAUCUAAAACUUCAUCAAAUUUUCAACAACUUGAAAUACUUUCAUUUGAAAAUUCUACAUGUCUUCAAUCGAUGUAUAUUGGAUAUUUACCUGAACUAUAUCCACAUUUAGUUGAACUUAAUUUAAAUGGUUGUUUUCGUAUAAAAUCAAUUUCAGUAUUUAUGAAUACACUUAUAUUAUAUAGUAAAACACUUCGUCGACUUUAUUUAAGUGAAACACAAAUUAAUGAUGAUACAAUACAUUCUAUAUGUCGAAAAUUAAAACGUUUAAAUAUAUUGAAUAUUAGAAAUUGUAAAAAUGUAACUAUUAAUAUCGUCGAAAAUUUAGUAACAUUAAAACAAUUACAAAAAUUAAUAGCAAAUGAUAAUAUUCAAACUUUAUAUGAACAGAAGAAAAAUGAAGAGAACUGA